GACAGGGAACAGUGGGCUCUCUCUCUCUCUCUCUCUCUCUCUCUGUUUAUCAAACGCGGAGGUUGCUGUCUCCUGAUGCUCCCCGAUGGACGCAGAGUCAAACCCCGAUCCUCCCAGAAACGGCCCUGGUGGUGAUCACCUGGAGCUUUCGUCGUCUUCCUCAGCCGCCGCCGCCGGCGGAGCUGGCGGCAGAGGGGCGGAAGGGACGCCGGGAGGCGGCGCGGGGUCCAGCACGGCGAGGUACAAAACGAUGUCUCCGGCGAGCCUGCCGAUCGCGCGCUCCCCCUGCUUGACGAUCCCUCCGGGUCUAAGCCCCACCACACUGCUUGAGUCGCCCGUCCUCCUCUCCAACAUUCCGCUUGCAGAGCCCUCUCCAACUACGGGGACCUUCUCAUUUCGUCCAUGCAAUGCUGGUUUCAAUUCUGGCCUUGUAUCUAAUGCAUUUUCUUCCUCAUGGAAUGUCUCCAAGAAGCACUAUCUUGGUGAUGGCAGUGGCCCCGGAAGUUUUGUGUUUAAACCACGUGAAGAAGCAAGUUCCAGUGUGGGUGCCCUUGCUGUUGUCAACUCGAAUCCAGAAAAAAAUCAAAAUUUUGGGCAAUGUCAAGGAUACUCUGAGCCACAAGCAUCCAUAAAGAUUGAGGCAAUGGCUGUCUCUGCUAAGGAUCUUUCCCUUUCUGUUGCAACUUCUGAGGCACCUGCAUGUGGUGCUGCGUCAAAUUCUAUCACACCUGCCAAUCCUUCAUCUGAUGAGUUAAAUGUUAGAAGGGGCCCUGACGCCGAGACUCAACAUGUAUCCCUAGACCAGAAAGGUGCUCCUUUGACAGUAGUUGAAAGGCCAUCUGAGGAUGGAUACAAUUGGCGCAAGUAUGGGCAGAAGUUGGUUAAGGGAAGUGAGUUCCCACGGAGCUACUAUAAAUGUACUCAUCCAAACUGCCAAAUGAAGAAAAAGCUGGAGCGAAACCAUGAAGGGUUGGUUACCGCAAUUAUAUACGAAGGGGUGCAUGAUCAUCCUAAGCCUCAGCCAAGCCGGAGGCUAGCUGUUGGUGCUUCUGAAAAUGCACAUGGAGAUGACAGAUCAGAUAGAUCAACUAACAUAGAUGAUAAGUCACUGAAUGCCAUUGGUCAGGCAUGUAAUCAGUUAGAAUCAAAUGGAACUCCGGAAUUGUCCUCUGUAUCUGUAAGUGAUGAUGAUGAAGACGUUGAUGGAUCUGGUGCUCACCGAGACAGGAAUGAUGAGGCUGAUGAAGAUGAUCCUGAAGCAAAACGCAGAAAACUGGAGACUGUGGCCAUGGAUAGUACAAUAACUACUAGAACAACUCGAGAGCCACGUGUUGUUGUACAGACACUGAGUGAAGUUGAUAUCCUUGAUGAUGGGUACAGGUGGCGUAAAUAUGGUCAGAAAGUGGUGAAAGGAAAUCCUAAUCCAAGGAGUUACUACAAAUGCACCAAUGCUGGAUGCCCUGUUAGGAAGCAUGUGGAGAGAGCCUCGCAUGACCCAAAGUCUGUUAUUACAACAUACGAAGGAAAACAUAAUCAUGAUGUACCCACUUCCAGUUCCACCAACCGUGAAACAUCUGCACCAAUGGCAGUGCAGAACCUCAGUCCUCUCAAUACCAAUAUGCAGGUGUCUCUGAAUCCUGUUAUGCUAAUGCCACCUAAUCAGAUUGAGGUUAACAGGGCAGUACCUUAUUCUAGAGGACCUGAUGCAGUUAGUCUGGAUCUUGGUGUGGGGAUCAGUCAAGCUGCUGAAAACAGUUCCCUUCACAAGCAGAAUCAAGCAGAAGCGGACAGCAUGUUGAGACAGGUCCAUGGUGGCAAUGUUCCCAGUUCAGGGAUCAACUGUCCAGUUCAAUCUGCUGGGAUUUUACCUUUUUAUGGGAAUGGAAUUAUGGGCAACCGACCUGAUCAUUACAGAGUUAAAGAAGAAGAGGGCCAAAAUUUCAACUUCGAUGUGAUGUCAUCGUUGAACAAUUUCCAUCGUAGCACUGGCAGAUUUAUGUUGGGGUCCGAAGUAGAUGCAUCUCAUGCUCAACAGUUCACAAGAUAACCCAGUUUUGUCAUGGUUUCUUACUGAGGUGAUCCCCACGGUCGGAGAUUCUGCUAGAGUUCUUUCUUCCAGGGAAAAUAAAGGCAAAAAUGGUGUAUCUCUUGUUGUAAUAUAGCUUCCGCAGAAAGCUGUAGUUUAUGUUGUUGGACUACAAAAUUGUUGUUAGCAGCAGCGCUUUUGGGCUCAAAAGGCCCGUAUAUAAAAUCAUGCUGCGGUUUUAGUGGGGAAAUCCGCUUUCUAUUU